UUGCACUUGACCGUGAAAGAGGUACCGGCAGAGAGAGUAUUCCAUAUAGCCUCUCGCCGCAGCGGCACUUGGUUCGACACCGACCUCGAUCCUACGGAUACUUGCAGACGAGAAGGCAUCGACACGCUUUACUUCUAAAUGGCUUUCCGGCCUUCCGUUUCAACGCGCUCCGAAUUGCAUAGAACCCACAGCGACGUUUUGCUUGUCUUUGCCAGUAUCAUUUCAAACGGCACAUAAUUCAUCAGUGUUCGAGCCACUCACCGCAACUAUUGUUAAAAAAGAUAUACAUUUUCGUCGUUGCAUUCGGUUUAACGAUUUGGCGACGAAUGUCGCAUUGGUUCUUAUCGCGCUUGGUGAAAGUGGAACUGUCCUUCUCAUUUUUUAAGAGUUAACAAUGAAAGGCACCGAGGCAUGGAAUAGAAAUUAUGCUUCAUCAGGCGACGUGAAAAGCUAGUCGCGCAAGAAGUGCAAGUGUGGCAUUUGUUGUGAGAUGACGUCGGGCGUGCACGGAACUGCUCACCUGUGUUUGGCUGUGUUCUUAUUUUGUGGAUCAUGCGUAUCCAGUUUUCUAAUCAUACCAGACGAAUUUCCUUCCUUUCUUCACCUGAUUUAUGGAAAAAUUCCUCCCAUUAGAAAAGGAACUGAUUCAAGACUUGGCGUUGGAUUUAGACUAGGCGAGCAUGCUGAUGUUCAAAUCCUGCUUGAAUUGGGACCUCAAAAGCGAACGGAUCCUAUCGGAAAUGAUAUAGAAAUAAAAAGCAAAAGAACUAUUGAAAUGAAUCAGCGUCAAUCAAAAUCUCAGAUAAAAGUAGAUAGCACAAAAAUAAAAAUAAAAGUAGAUUCUCAACAGCCAGAGCAUAAACCAAAUGCUCAAACUUUAGAUGAAAAAAUUGAAGGAAAGAAUUCAUUAGCUAGCGAAUGGCUUUCGAGAUGGCGGCACGGAUUAGCUAAGAGGUCUGAAGAAGCAAUUUCGCCAGUAAAUGUAAUCUUGCAACAUGUGGAUCAAAUGUAAAUCGUAGAAAGUGCAAACAAUUGCAAUGGUAAACAUAACAUCCAUUUAGAUUCUUUUCAAGAACUUUCCUUUACAGUAAUUGUAUUUUUUAAGAAGAAAAUUUGAUUUUUUAAUCAAAAACUUGAUCAAUGCUCCUAAUAAUUAAUAAUGUAACCAUUUUAUUAAGUUUAUAAGAAAAAUAAAUAUUAAAUAUACUACUAUUCUACUAUU